UUUAAAUGAUUUUAGUGGAAGGUUAUCAACAUGGAAUAAUCAUGACACCACUUGUCUUCUUCUUGCAUUCUUCACUGUUUCUUUCUCCUUGAGGCAAAGCAUAACCCUAAAUUCUCUCUCUCUCUCUCUCUCUCUCUCUCUCUCUCCUCAUGCAGAAUCCCUUCACUUCCCACCUUAUGCGUCUUGCAAUUUGGGUCGGGUCUACCCCGGCUAAUAGAAGUUUACUCCUCCUCAAGUCAUGGAGUCAGCAAACCCGAAGGAACCUUAGUUCCCACGAAUUGGCUCGUCGAGCUUUCUUCUCGACCCUAACCGAUUCAAAGCCUACCGUGUCCUGUUCGGCGACUGUCUCUUCUAAACCUAAUUCCCUCGACGAUUAUCUAACGGUUAUAGCAGUGCCAUUGCAAGACGGACCUCUUAUUCCAGGUUUUUUCAAGCCACUCUAUGUAACGAAUCCUAAAGUACUUGCAGCUUUGCAAGAGAGCAAAAGCGGAGAAACUCCAUAUGCAGGGGCUUUCCUUUUGACGGAUGACAAAGACACUUCAACAGGUUCGCCUGUGAUUCACCGAGUUGGCACACUUGCUCAGAUUAUAAGUAUCCAAGGUGAGCAAUUCAUCGUUGUCGGUCGUAAACGACUUUAGAAAAAGCGAUCGAGCUGCAAAAUGAGUGUCACGCGAAGACCGACGAGAAUAUGAGAGAGAUGAUCGAAACAUUCAGGCUAAUGACGAGCAACAAUCCGAUGAAUGCUUCGAGGAGUGAGACGCAACAAAAUGAUCAAUAUCGCCGGCAUCGUAACGGUCAUCAAUACAAUUACAACGGUAUGACGCGACUCGCGAAAGUUGAUUUUCCGCGAUUCAACGGCGAUAAUGUGAAGGAAUGGAUGUUUAAGGUUGAAGAAUUCUUUGGGAUUGAUAAUACUCCGGUUGAGCUGAAAGUUCGAUUAGCGAUACACUUCGAUCAAACGGCGGCGGCGUGGCAUCAAUCACUGGCACAAUCAGAACAAGACGCGUAUGUAAUUGAAGAUUGGGAACAAUACAAAAUCUUGUUGAAGG